CGCCAUAUUGAAACAUUUUUCCUUUCCCAUUUUUUGUCUUGUCUCCAGGCGGCCAUCAGCGCUCUAUCUCCUGAAUUCGGACUUUUCCUCGAGAUCACCUCGAACAUGGAAAUCGACACUCUUCUGGAGGCACUUAAAGACUUCGAGAAGAAAGCGAAGAAAGAACCCACUCCUGUGUUGGAGCAGUUUCUAUGCCACGUUUCCAAAACUGGAGAAACUCUGGUGCCAUGGUCCCAGUUCAAGAGUUACUUCAUCUUCAAGCUGGAGAAGGUGAUGGAUGACUUCAAGGCCACAGCCCCGGAGCAGCGGGGACCCUCUAAUCCAAACGUGGAGUGCAUUCCCUUCGAGGAGAUGAAGGCCCGGAUACUGAAGAUCGUCAAUGGAUACACAGGAAUCCCUUUCACCAUCCAGAGGCUGUGUGAGCUGCUGACUGAGCCAAAGAGGAACUACACCGGCACAGAGAAGUUCCUACGGGGAGUGGAGAAGAAUGUAAUGGUGGUCAGUUGUGUGCACCCCACAUCAGAGAAGAACGGGUGCAGUGGCGUGAGCAGAAUGAAUGGUGUGAUGUUGCCUGGCAAUACUUCUGCAUUUGCGGAGAGGAAAGUGAAUGGCCCGGGGACACCCAGACCAUUGAACAGGCAGAAGGUCUCGCUGGCUAGUUCGCUUGCCACCAACGGCCUUCCCGACAGCACAGAGAAUAAGGACCCCAACACGGGGAGUGGACACAGCAAAACACACAGCGAAGCGUCUCCGUCAGGCCCCAGCCGGGUGCUGACGAGGAGCAAGCACUCGGUGAAGGACGAGGAGGAGGAGGAGAGCCUGGAGGAGGAGCAGCCGGAGGUGAAGAGGCUCAAGUUCCUGAAGGACGGGGAGGAGGGAGGCGCAGAGGAAGAGGAGGAGGACGAUGAGGAGGAAGAGGACGAGGAAGAGGAGGCCGAGGUGGACCCCGCACCCCCGGCGGAGGCCGAGAGCCACCGGCCUGCUGCGCUUGCUCCCGAGAGCUCCACGGACGCCAAGCAGGCCCUCGCCCAGUCCUCUGGCUCGCCGUCGGACAAGAGGGACGAAGAGCUGGAGGAGGAAGAGGAGGACUCGGGGCCAGCCAGCUCCACGGCCGCCUGCCAGGACCAAGAGCCUUCAAGCACCCAGUCGGAGGCCAGUUCAGAGGAGAGCAAAGCGGGAGAGAAAAAGGAAAAGAAGAAGGGUGCCGCUGCGAAGAGGGAGGCCGACUCGGAAGAGCGUGAGCUGCCCAGUGGCUCCAACGACAGCCCCAACAGCGAGCCCACCGACAUGGACCAAUCGGAACAGAGCGCGCCCUCCGGCACGGCGGCCAGUCCCGAGAGCCGGGAGGCAGGAGAGGAGAGCAAUGAACACGUCAGCAGCAGCAGCAGCAGUAGCAGUAGUAGUAGUAGCAGCUGCAGUGAAGAGAGCGAAGAGUCCAGCGCUGCCCCUGCUGCCACCCCCUCUGACAGUACCACAGAGCCCCCCACAGAGGGCACCCCCGAGUCUGCCUCCUCGGCGGCUCAGGACUCGGCCACAGCAGAAGAGCCCAUGGAGGUGGACUAGACUGGAGUGGAGAGCCAUCUGCAUCAUCAGCCGUCAACAGCACCACAACAAUAACACCACCACCAGCAGCAGCUGCAGCAGAACCACCAUCACCACCACCACCUCUUACAUUAUCCCAGCCUACCAACCGGCCCCCACCUCACCCCUGGCUGCUCUGCCCUGCCCUGCCCUGCGUGUCCACCCAUCCUUUCCUCAGGGCUGAGGAGGGCUGCCCGAUGAUGAUGAUGAUGAUGAUGAUGAUGGACACCCAAGCUCUCGCCAGGAGACUUUACAGAGCCCACUGACUGGAGUUUAUACCAGAGUGCCCCCCCCCUCUUAGCUCUUUAAACUCUCUCUGCCGUCUCUCUCUCUCUCUCUCUCUCUCUCUCUCUUUAAUGUCCUUCUCUCUCUCUUGUCUUUUACACACGUUCACACCACUGUUGGCUCAGGAAGAGCUCACCAGGCCCAAGGCCCCCCCUUCUCUCUGUGUCUGUUCUCUCUCUCUCUCUCUCUCUCUCUCUCUCUCUCUCUCUCUCUCUCUCUCUCUCUCUCUCUCUCUCUCUCUCUCUCCCCCCUUGUGCUGUGAGCUCCCUCCACACUGUGUGUGAGCACCUGAAGUGUGUGUGUGUGUGUGUUGGAUGAAUAUAUGAGUGUGCGGCUGCCUGUGUGUCUUUUUUCUUUUCUACUUCCAGGUUUUUAAAAAGACUUAAUAUUUAAAAAUAGAAGGAUAGUAGUGAAAUCUUUCUUUCUUAUUCCGUAAUACCUCCCCUCACCCCCAUGUCUCCUCCUCCUUGUCCUCCCACUGGCUAUGAAAUUCUGUGAGGUAGCCUCCUGAGCUGGCUCCAUUCUCCCCCUCUCCUCCUCCCCCCGUGGCACAGGCCAAGUCUCCUGGGGGAGCAUCGGUUGAGGGUGCGAUGAGUUUGUUUAUCUUUUUUGUUUCUUUCGUUCUUAUCAUUUUUAACAGACAAUGACUUGAUUUUUUAUUUUUUUGUUCUUCUUCUUUUGAAUUUAUACUGACUGUGUGUAUGUGUCUGUAGGGACGUGUGUGUGUGUGUGUGUGUGUGUGUGUGUGUGUGUGUGUUUGUGUGUGUGUGUGUGUGUGUGUGUGUGUGUGUGUGUGUGUGUGUUUUAGUGCAGAGACCCACAGGAUGUGUUGUGCAAACGUCUUGCCCUGUGAUUGCUGUUAGGCUCAUAUUCAUACAUUCGUCGGCUCCAGAGUAGGCAACCCAACCUUACCCAACCCAACCCAACCCAGCGCUGUAGGUAGUUCACGCAGCUGCGCCAAAGAUCCACUAAGAUUUUAAGUGACGUCUGCAGAUUGCCAGCUUUUUUUUGUCCAUCUCUGUUGCUUUUCCGGUUCAGUUGUGUGCCGUACUCCAUGUUCCUCAUUCUCGUUCUCCUGUUUUGGAUGUUUGAAAGAGAGGGUGGUGGGUCUUGUGGAAAUGCCAGGUGUCUUGGAUGCAGGGUGAGGGCCGUGCCAGGGGGUUGAUGAAUAAAUACUGUAGCCUUGUGACUCCUCUCCUCCCUACUCCUCUGCUAUCCUCUCGUCUCUUUCCUCACCUCCCCUCUCCUCGUCUGUAGUAGUAUAACUGGCUGCCUAUUGGCCGGCGUGGUAGGAAAGCUGUUAACCCUUUCGUGGGCAGAGCUGCUGUAGGUGCUGGGCCGCGUCUGGCCCGUUGUCCACCCGGUGAGUUUUAAGGCCAGAAGGACAGAGAGGGCAGAGAAGGGGAGGGGAGGGUGCCAUGCCAGGGAACCUGGGUAGAAAAUGAUGUCGAACAUCAAACUCUAUACAUACCCCACCACACACACACACACACACACACACACGUCUUCAUGCUCUUCAUCCCAUCUCUUGCACCACGUCAAUAUCUCGCUGACUGUUCCCAAAGAGGACUUUUUUUUUUUUUUGAUAACUUCCUGUUCUCCCCGAUGUUUAAACUCCUAAUCACAGCUUUCCGUGUUAAUUUAUGAAGACAUUUCAGUUUGAUUUACCUAUAGGUCUACAUAUUCUUGGACAAGCAAAACGAUGGUCUUUUUUGUGUUUCAUAUUUUUGUUUAAUUUUGGCAGCCAGUUAUUGAUGACUGGCCAUGUGCAGCUGAGACUAGGGAGUGGCUGAAGGAUUUGUGCGUGUGUAUGUGUGUGUGUGUGUGUGUGUGUGUGUGUGCGCUUUCCUGCCUCCAGGCACACACAGUGUGUCUGCACUUCUUAUGCCCCAUCGUUGAACUCAAUUGUUUUUGUUUAUUUGUUGUUUCUUUGUUUUCCACUUACUCUGUGUACGCUGAAGCAAUAACUGGCUCCCAAAAGGCACAGUUCUCUCCCCCAGACGUAUACUGGUUUUGAUAUUUAGAAUUUUUAAAUUCCCGUAGAGGUUUUUUGUAGAUUUACAAAUGUGUUCACUGCCUCUGUGAAUCCAUACAAAAUUGUACAUUUUUUGUGUAUACCUGAAUGCGUGUGCUUUACAAUAUAAAUAAAAGAUUUUCAGUACAGUUGAGGCAAUAAAUGUUACGGGUUUUAA